AUGACAGGUGGAGCGUAUGCUAUUGGUGCUUUAAUAUUUGCAAUUGCCAUCAUUUUCACAUGGAAGGUUCUACUCUUCAAGAACAAGAAAGAUGGCGAAGUGGAACAAUUGAUAGGAAGCCUUGGAUCUCUUGCUCCAAGAAGAUACCGAUAUCUUGAUUUGAAGAAAAUGACAAAAUCAUUUUCAGAGAAACUUGGUCAAGGAGGAUUCGGUGCAGUGUAUAAAGGAAAGACCAAAGAUGGUUGUCUUGUGGUGGUGAAAAUUCUGACAGAGUCGAAAAGUAGCCCUAAAGAAUUUAUCAAUGAAGUUGUGAGCAUUAGUACAACUUCUCACAUUAAUGUAAUCGCUCUCUUAGGUUUUUGUUACGAAGGGAAGAAGAGAGCUCUAAUAUUCGAGUACAUGCCUAAUGGUUCAUUGGAUAAGUUCAUAUAUUCAGGAAGAGCUUUAAAUACAAGUAGUUCCUUGGAAUGGAAGAUACUAGAUCAAAUUGCAAUUGGCAUCGCUCGUGGGCUAGAAUAUCUAUACCGAGGCUGCAAUACCAGAAUCUUGCAUUUUGAUAUAAAACCUCAGAACAUCUUGCUUGAUAGAGAUUUUACCCCCAAGAUUUCGGAUUUUGGCCUUGCUAAACUUUGUCAUGGACGGGAGAGUGCUGUAUCAACUCUCAGCAUGAGAGGAACAGUCGGAUUUAUUGCACCAGAAGUUUUUUGCCGAAAUUUGGGGAGAGUCUCUCACAAGUCUGAUGUUUAUAGUUAUGGAAUGUUGGUUCUUGAUAUAGUAGGCAUAAAAAAUUCUGACGUCAAAGUUUCCAGUAGUAGUGAAAUAUACUUUCCAGAAUGGAUUUAUAGGAAUUUAGAGCUCGGCGAAGAUUUGAAAUUGCCAAUGAAUGUGACAGAGGAGGAGGAAGUGCUGGCGAGGAAGAUGAUCAUUGUGAGUUUGUGGUGCAUUCAAACCCGUCCAUUUGAUCGACCAUCAAUUGUGAAGGUAAUAGAAAUGUUGGAAGGAAGCUUUGAAUCACUACAAAUGCUAGCUUAA